AUGUCAUCUCAACAGGCUAGUGGUCGUUCGCUCAUCGCUUUAAUUGCCGACGAAGACUCAACUACAGGAUUUAUUCUCGCGGGUAUUGGUGAUGUGAACAAGGAUGGCGAAAGAAAUUUUUUUGUUGUGGAUAAUAAGACGCCCACAUCCGACAUCGAGGACGCUUUCAAUAAGUUUACGAAGGAUAGAAACGACAUCGCCAUUGUAUUAAUCAACCAACAUAUCGCGGACAAGAUCCGUCCCAUCGUGGACAAGUAUAUGCUGGCCUUCCCUGCCGUGCUCGAAAUCCCGAGCAAGGACCACCCCUACGACCCUUCGAAAGACGCUGUGCUCAAGCGCGUCCAGAAACUAUUUGGCGAAUGA